CGUCAUCUGCGCUUUGCCAAAUUGUCGUGUAUAGUCAAAUCGUCUCAAAAGAGUAUUCUAAUUCACAUAAUAAUGCUAUUUAAGAUUUUUUUUUUGGAUGCUGUCACAGGCACUUUAAUUUACUUGUACAUUGUACAUGCACACCCACUUAAGCUGCUAUUUUGGUUCAGAAUUGUGACACAUGAAAUUGUUUUGAUCUCUAAACUGCUGUUAGUUUGCUUGUAAGCAUGAGAAUAUUUAGCAUUUGUUCAGUUGUUUUUUCUGUGUAACAGGAAGUGCACAUAUUAUAUUGCUGAUGUAAACAGAAAAUAACUAAAAGUAACAAGAGUUUUAAAGAAUUAAGUCAAUGAAUAAUGUUCCCCAAUUUCCCCGUGUAUUAUUACAACCUUACAAGGCUCCAGGAAUUCAUUCACAUGCAUGACCAUGUGCCGUGAGCCACAGGUUUCUCUUUAAACUUGUUUCUAGGAAUAAAUUUUCUUAAAAUUCAUGCUCCCCCUUGUGGUGCAUUUAUAAAUCUCAUUACAAGUAAAGGUGUUUAAGAAACUUGAUAAUUGUACCACAAAUCACAGUAUGCUGUAAUAUGGGAAAACUGCGCUGAGUGUCUUUCAUCAAAUCCUUAACAAGUCCUUCAUUGUUUACAUCUAUGAUCACUCUUUAAUCCCCAUUGACCAAUCAGUGUUUGCAGAUGGGUGGCAAAAGGGAUGGCAGGAAUUAGGCUGUACAGGAUUAGUGUGCUUGGACGCCAGUUGUCUAUUGGCUGUUGAGACAUUCACAGAUGAGCCUCUGAAUAGAACUGGGAAAAAAACAUCAUUUUCAAAAACAAUGCAGAUAAGCAUUUUGUACUGAUCGGACAGUCUGUUUACGGCACAUGGGGAUUUUUACCUUGUUUUAUUCAAGACAUUUUAUGUUGGACUUUUAAAGUUAAUUGAUGAGCUAUAUAAGAAGUCCGUCAUGGUGGUACUUUUGACCAAUGACCUCACCACUAAUUUCUACUGCUUUACCACACUCAAAAAGAAAGCUGUGCUAAAUCUGAAUGAUGAUAAGACCCCACCUCCUCCGCUGCUCCAGGAGAACGUGUUCAUCGAGGCCAGCAGGCCCAAGUACCUCGAGGACCUUCACAGUGAGGCCUUGGAAGGCUUGAAAAUGAUGCAACAAGAAGAGAACAAUGCUGGAGUGGAAUUCCAAGAUAAUGAAAGCACAACUUCGACAAUGACAGCCCAGACAGAUGGUGAGGGUGGCGGGUUUACAACUGACAGCACCAUUCCUGACGCAUCCUCUGUUGCUUCUAUGCAAUCGUCUGUGUCUUCAAAAUCAUCCCGUUCUGGUCUGACCAGGCAAGGAUCAACAUUCAGGCCUUUAAACGCUGGUAAGCAGUCAGAAAAAGGCAGGACACGAAGACGACAAAGGAAGACCGUGGGAAGCAUCCCUCGUCAUGUACAGCGAGAACUCGGGUUGGACAGAGCUGGCCAGUCAAUGCCUUUAAAAUUAGAUGAGGAAGAACGUUUCAAUAGCGAUUGUGACAGUGAUCAUACAAGAGCAUCCGAACCCAGCAGAAAUGUCACCCAGCCCAUCAGCGAGGAGCAAGUUGAGCAGAUUCGUGUUGGUCAUAUGGAUGAUCUGGCCUUGCUGCAGCGAUUGGGCCCGGACUUGCUAGAUGGGCAGCGGCCUUGGUCAGUGGCAGUUCCCUCAAUGACCACCGCCAAUAGUCUUCAACAGGAGAUGCCAUCCCCGGUCAUGUCAAUGUCUCCCCAGGCUGCUUACAUGUCCAAAAUCAUUCCCAAUGCUGUGUUGCCACCAUCUAUUGAAGUGGUGGAGAUCAGCCGAGGCCAGAGCCGCAACAGCCUCCGAACUGUCAGCAAGAGCAGCCUUCUUCUGUCCAGCCCUUCCCCAUCCCGUACCUCGACUAGAACCACUUCCUCUAGAAGCUCCAAAAUCAGCUCGGCCUACCGCCACAACCCUUACAACCUAUCGGACACUUCGGGCUGGAGCCACUCCGAGUCCUCAGAGACUUUGGUGUCAGACUCUUCUACCAUCUCCAGUGGUAAUAUCUCUAGAAAAGAGCCCUCAAAAGACAAAGAAGCAGAUUCCAUCACUGUCAAUGGCAAGCUCGUUAUUACUAUGGAACAAGGUAAUAAGAAAGAGGGACCCUUUGUACGGAGCCUCUCUGUCAUGAAGCCAAAAAGGGCUCCGCCUCCGCCAAGUCGCUCCUAUUCGCUGCACAAUAAGAUGAAGCGUCGAUCGCGAGAUUUAGCAGAGGUGGUGGUUAUUUCAAAGGAGCCACGUCCUCAAAGCAAUUCUGCUUUAGGAGAGGGAACUGAGGAACCUGAAGCGCCUUCUCCUGUAAGGGCGAUAGAUAGCCCCGGCUACAACGGAGAUACCAGCUCUCUAGAGGACUCAACAGGCUCAGUGUUAUUUUAUAAGACGAAAUCACCACUGGCCAGUGACUCAGCUAAGGCGGUAAAAACGGUUCCUUCGUCACGAGAAAAACUGGAACCAACACAAGAGAAUAAAGUCAGCAAAAUAACCUCCCCGUCCAGUGGCUAUUCAAGCCAAGAUUGCACAUCCCCACAGUUUCAGCCUAGCAGCGCCUCACCAAAACACAAAAGAGGAAUUCUAGCAAAGCUUCAAAAGUUAUUCCCUAGUGCCUCAUCGCCAUCCCCCCUCAUACAUUUGGAAACAAAUAAAAGUGCAAUAUCCUCCAAAGAUCCACAGUCUCAACCAGAAAGAGGGGAUUGUCAAAUUGUCAGCCCCUCUGUAAAGACCUUGAGAGAACUCUUUGACAUCCCUCCACACCCUAAAGUCCACGCACCUCCAGCCCCCCCUCCCGAGGUUUGGGCUCACAACAAGCGCACCUUUGAGUUGCUACUGGGACCCCCAGCCCCAGACAAUGUCUAUGCUAUUAUAAAAAAGAAUCCAAAAGACAGGAGACAACAAAGAUCAUCUGCAUCUGUGUCUACAGAGGGCUCUGUGAAAAGUUUGACUGGAGAAAGAAAACAGAAAAAUCUGACUACAUCAGUGGAUUCCACAAAUGGGAAAGAGAAAGUUGAAGAAAGUGCACUUUUGAAUGUGAAUCAGAUUCACAAAAUCAGCAAUGAAAGACUGACAAAUCAGAGCGUAGAUUUUGAAGGAAAUGGCAAAGUGAAACAAAACGAUGAGAAGGUACGAGUAAGUGACAUGUUGAAUGGAAUGUUAGUGAAAGCUGCAGAAAAAAGGGAAGAAAGACUGGUGGCGAUGAGUGGCGGCGUAGGCAAAAGUAUACCCACGCAAGCUUCAGAGUUGAAGGUUAAAAAGAGUAUUGUACAUGCCAUUUCGUUAACACGCACAUCCCCGUCACCUUCUCCUCCUCCUGCACACUUACCCCCAGAGCCCCCCAGCAAACAAAUCACAGUGGUAAACAAUGCGGCAUCUCCUGAAUCCUCCUGGCCCCCACCACCUCCACCAAUAAUACAAAUAGCCAGUAUGCCAGAUGAGUUGGAUUUCCCCCUACCACCUCCACCCUUAAUUACGGAGGGGCUUCUGCCGCCACCGCCGAGUAACGUUCCUGCUGCAGCAACUAUCACAGAAUAUCACUCCUCUUGCACAACUCCAACAGUUAUUGUGACCACGGAACCAGAACCACAGGAUUCUAUAACGUCCCAAUCGGUUGCACCUUCACCUCCCUUGAUUAUCCCCCCUCCACCAACCUAUGCAGCACCCCCUCCACCAACCAUAGCUGCCCUCACUGUGAGAGCUAAAGAAGUCAUUCCUUCUCCACCUAAGGAGGUCUCUCCUCUGAUAACUCAAAGGGUCUUUCCACCACCCCCAGAUGUGGUUCAAGCUGUGUUAACUAAAGAAUCUGCCCCUCCAAUGGUUCAAGUACUGCCUUCUCUACUGACAAAAGACAUACCUCCACCUUUGUCCCGUGUUAAGGAAGAUCCCCCUCCUCAGGUUAGCCAACACCCACUUUUGCCUGCAGAAACAGUCUCACCUCCCUGUUCUGAAGAUGUUCUUCCAUCUUCUCAAGAGAUUAAUUCACAGAUCACAGAAGAAGAAACCCUUGAUUCCAAACUAUAUCCACCUCUAAGUAUUCCACCCCCACCACCAAGCGAAACCCUAAAGUUGGACUCUGAGGUGAUCCUUAAACAAGAAAGCAUCUCAUCUGAAUCUCAAAGUAAGCAAAUAUCAUGUAAUGGUAUUCUCACUCCCCCUCAAAGUAUUCCACCUCCUCCUCCUCCCUCAGAACUUCUCCCAUCAGAUGUGACUGCUCUCCCAAACACUGAUGGGCUGCACCUUAAUGAGGGCCCUAUUUCACCACCAAAAGACAUUUCCAUCCCAUCAAAUGUUGAUAUCUCUCCAUCGCCGGAGAAGCCUGAGGAACCAGCACCUUCCCCACCUGUAAGCAUUCCUGUGCCACCACCUCUUCCUGUCGUGAAUCAUGACAGUCCUUUGCACCACACAAGUAAUGCAAACACAGAAAAUGAAAGCCCUGAACCUUCUUCUGAUAUUGUUCAAGAGCAACCUGUCCCUGUGGUCACACCUUCAUUGUUGCAAAUGGUUAAACUGCGGGCUGUUAACAACAGCCCUGAACCUCCUGCAGCGGAAGAGCCAGCUCAAGAUGAAGAUGUGAAAAUCCAGGUACUCAAUGGCUUGAUCCAAUCUCCCCAAACCAACACCGAGGCCCCACAGAAGCCCAUUAGAAGAUCUCUGAUCAUAUCCUCACCUACAUCCACGUCUCCACCUGCAAUUGUCACCUCCCAACCAGAUCUAACUCAGGCCCAGUCUGUCGUUAUUGUUCCACCUGAACCUUCACCCACACCCUUCAAAUCUACAGCAACAACCACCUCCAUGAACCUACAGGAGGCCAUCCGCCUGCGGACAGCUGCCAGAUCAAGGGACAGUUCUGCAUCUCGCCUCAGCUUGCAUUCACCUACUUCACCAAAAGAUCACUGUCCGUCUCCAACCAGCACAGCAAGUUUUAUCUUCUCAAAGAACAAGAAGAUGGGGAUAGACCCCACAACUCUCUCACAGAAAAUUCAACACAUUUCUACAAAGGUGGUCAACGAGGUGGAGUUGACAACAAAAGCAAAGAUGCCACCACCUGUUGCAAAGAAGCCCAAAACAAAGGCUAUUGGUAUGGAGAGCAGCGAUGGAAUGGAGCAGACUGAAGGACAGCCAGCACAGACAGAGAGCAUCAUGGACGCUGCAGGGAAAUCAAAUAGUGCAGAAGCAGGUAGUGCUGGAGGAGGAGAGACAUGAUCCCUUCAAACGAUGGAUUUUACUGUUAAGAUGUAAGAAAAUUCAUUGAUGCAAAUGGUGUGGGUUUUUCAAGUGUACAUUCAACAGUUUAAUAGCUACAGCACAUUUUUCCUGUCACAUGGCAUUUUGAGCUUUACUUGUGCAAGAAACCAUUGAAAUACGCUGCCCUUGAGUGUUUGAAAAUGAUUGUACCACUUUUGUAUGACCUGCUGAAUCGGUGCCUGUCCGAAAUCUGACAAUGGGACUUCAGGGCGCCCUCUUCUGUAAAUAAAGCUAAAUCUGGUUUGUUCUCAAAUUUACCAAAGAUGUUUCCGAACACGUUUAAGAAAACAAAUCUUAAGUUAUUUUUCAAAAAGCGGAUGCCCACAGUCCUCUUUGCAAAGUUGUGUAAAUCUCUAAAAUAAUGAGUUUAUGCAUCACUCUUACACAUAUCGUAUGUUUUUUUCCUUUAAGGAUUCGUGUCCAUGGCCUAUUAUGUAUAAUUGGGGGUCAGUUAAUAAUCACUGUCAAGUAAUACCGAAACACUGUUUCUGCUGCUGUUAUGACUCAAAUAGUGGGAUUAUUUUGCUUUGAACUCUCCCCACUUUCCAAAACUAAUGUAAUAAAUCAUUUUAUAUAAGGAAAAAAAUAAAGACUUAUGAACACCGUUAUAUGGUCUGUUACUUAUGUGUGGGUUUUGCUGUUGAGGGUAAUAAAUCAGGCAACUUGUUCGACUGUUAUUUCAGGUUUCACAUCUGUUCUAAGCUAUAACUUUAAUGAUUUAAUGUCAGGAUUGUUGAAUAACAAGAUAGUUCUACAAGAAACUACAAAAACUGCCACAUGUACAGUGUUUUAAUGUCAAACAAAAAUAUUUCCAUGAAGAUUGAUGCAUUCAAUUAUACUACGUCCAUGAAAAAUACCAAGCCAGCUCUUUAUCAUCUACCUGCUCAUAAUUAUUUUGGACGUCAGAGGAUUGCGUUUUUGCAGCCUCUUUUGUCCCAUUUGUGUGUUUGUUUCCUUCAUCACCUUCAGUAUUAAGUUUUGGAACUAGUUUUUGCUCAGGGACUUGUGAAACUAACAUAUGCUCCAUUCUCACUUGGUCUCUCAACUCUUCCCUUUUGAUUUCAUCAUCUUGGAUCGCAUGUUUGGCACCUAGGCCUUUAAAUUCUUCCUCCACCACAUCAUAUCCAUCCUUUAUGAACCCUUUUAAACCUGCCUCUUCAGACUUUUUCUUCUCAAGGUCGACUUUCCCAACGGUAUGUCCUAGCUUUCCCCUCAGAAUCACACUUUUUCCUCCAUAAUCUUUAUCAUUUUUGGGUACAUCAUCAUUUGGCCACAAGAUGUCACCACUGUGCACAUGUUGAGGUUGAGUCAUUCUACUGACACGUAGUAAGCCUUCCUCAAUAACAAGUGGCUGAUCCGCAACCAACAGGGCACUUCUUACAGAACCUUUGCAAAAAGACAAGAGCGUGCAUUUAAAAAAAAAAUCAUAGUACAGAAAGGGGAAAUAAAGGAACUUCCGUACCUUCUAUGCUUAUUCUCUUUGACUUUGAGCUCCCACACUGUGAAUCACAGCACUGGCAUAUAGAGUCAUGUCCCAAGAGAGCCUUCCACCUAACAGGGGCCCAAAAAUACAUGCCCAAUACACAUUGAAAACACUGAAAAAUACAUUUAGCAUUCUCUCACCUUUUGUUUCUGUAAGAGCAUGAUUUCUGAGCUGGACUUGGUUCUUUGGAUGAAGCAAACAAUUUGCAGUAAAUGCUGAUCUGAACACGCACGGACGACAGCAUUAAAUCACAUUUGACGUGAGGACGGGCAAAGCCUGGCUGCCGAUUCUCACCUCACUCUCCGGAUCAAAAAUAAACUGGAAGGCUUUGAACGAAAAUCUCAGGGUCUUAUUAGCGCGUGAGAUGAACCGAGAAGCCCCGCCAGGGUCCCGCUUGCUGUCCAGCAUACACCUUUGGAUGGAAUGAACAUUAAAGCGCCAACACCUAGGGGCAAACCUGCAAUCUCCUGCACAAUCUGUACCCCAAAUUGCCAAUAAUAGUGUAUUUGUGGGAUAUAGAAGAGUUAUUGUCUGGUAAAGCGAAGCAGUUGUUGAUGUACAGUCUCCUUCUGGUAGGCAGAUGUGGAGCAGAGACCUGGACAUUAACUUUCUGGCCAAGCCGGAACACUUGAUUUUUGACCGGGUUGCUCCAUGAAUCUGAAUUUUAUACAUAAUUACUAUUACAUAAUGUACUAAAUGUAAAAUAACUCUAUACGCGUGUGUUGUAUUUAUGCAUACCAUCCAUCAAAUGGAUUUGGAACUCAUUUGGAUGCACUCUCAGAUUUUUCCGCAAAUGCACUGUCGUCCAAGUGGGCUUGACUGCGAGUUGGUGUACAUAGUUGUACCUAGGCAAAGAUAGCAUUAAAGAUUCAGUACAGGAUAUAGACAAGUUUCCAAGGUUUACUUCCGCAUUUCUGCUCGCAACUUCAGUUUUACAAUUUCUCCAUCCAAAACAACAGUGGAGCAGAGCUGAAGUAACACUACUCAUCAAAAUCCCUUAAAAAAGACAAUUUGGAAAUACCGCAUCCAUCUGCCAUCAUCAUGACAGGGUAGGACAACAUGUUCAUAAAGGUAGAUGUGGAACCAAGCUCUUGCCACCAAAAAGACCGGGUGUUUUUGUAGCCAUGUUGCCGCUGUGUUAUGGAAGGUAUGUUCUUCCUAUCCGAGCAUUUCCAUGUGUCCGGUGCUCAAAAAAAAAAAUACUAAAGCUAAAUCUUCCGAAUGAAACGACUUGUUGCCUUUGAUAUUGUUAUUACAAUGAUGAUUGUAAUUAUAAUGAUCUUUAAUAUUAUUUACUACAACUACUGUAUUGCUGUGGCUGCUAGCCUGUUGCUAAUCAGUACAUGUAGAUGGCACAAUUAUGUCAACACAUAAAUGCAAGUGUUACAAGUUUUUUGUUAGUUUGUUUACAGGUGGAAAACACUGUUAGGCAAGGGAAGACAAGUUGAUGUGCCUCACAACAAGCCUUACUGUACGUUGAUGGAAAUAUAUCGUUCUACCACAUUUGCGUUCUACCCGGGGACAGCCAAGAAGCUGGGGCUGGGAGACGGUGGCUCGCCUCUCGGCGGACAGUCAACUUGAUCCAGAGAUCCAACUACGAGCUUUUAAACUGGAGCAACUUUAAGAUGCGCUAUUGGAGAUUUACCGAGGACAGCAGGAGAAAGCCUGUCUGGAGGCCGCCGUAAUGUCGGGUGAAAGUUUGGCGAGGCUCUCUUAAGCCGCUACGGAGCUCUGCUGUCUGAUAUCACAUUCUCGAAUGCCAUUUUUCUUAUCAAUUUAUAAAUUGUGAUCUAUUGACCUGUUUUGCACAUGCACUAAUCGUUUUAAAUAAAACAAGAAAUGGAA